AUGCGUCGCGGUGUGCGUAGGGCGUGGAUUCCGAGCGGCCGCAACUCGCAGUCGAGAAGCAGACGGUCGGCGCGGCUACUGGAGAGUCUAGCCGGCGCCCCACACCCUGCGCCCCGCACCGCCGCGACGCGUCACGUGACCGACCUUCCCGUCAAAAUAUCCAGAAUGGCGUUGCGAGUCGGCGCUACGUAUCGGCCAUAG